AUGGCGGAAACGAUGCUGAACUCAGAGUUCCCGGAGCCUCCCGGCGUGGCGCGGAGCGCCGCGCUCAUGCAGAGCUUCGCCGCGCGGAUGGGCGCGCAGGGCCGGCGGGUGGUGCUCAUCACGUCGGGCGGCACCAAGGUGCCCCUGGAGGCGCGCCCCGUGCGCUUCCUGGACAACUUCAGCAGCGGGCGGCGCGGCGCGGUCUCGGCCGAGUGCUUCCUGCGCGCCGGCUACGGGGUGCUGUUCCUGCACCGCGCGCGCUCCUCCUUCCCCUUCGCGCACCACUUCCCGCCGCAGACCUGGCUCGCGGCGCUGCGGCCCGCCCGGGGCGAGGCCGAGGGCCCCGGAGGCCGCCUGCUCUUGGAGGCCGAGGCAGCUGCGCUGCCGGGCUUCGCCGACGCCCUGCUCACCUACCAGGAGGCCGCCCAAGCCGGCACUUUCCUGGCCGUGGAGUUCACCACCCUGAACGACUACCUGCACCUGCUUCAGGCCGCAGCCCAGGCGCUCAGCCCGCUCGGCUCCUCUGCAAUGUUUUACCUCGCUGCGGCUGUGUCGGAUUUCUAUGUGCCUGCCUCUGAAAUGCCUGAGCAUAAGAUCCAGUCCUCCAGAGGCCCUUUGCAGAUAACAAUGAAGAUGGUGCCAAAAAUGCUUUCUCCUCUUGUUAAAGAUUGGGCUCCCAAGGCAUUUGUAAUUUCCUUUAAGUUGGAGACAGACCCCUCCCUUGUAAUUGAUCAUGCCCGGAGAGCUCUGAAGACUUAUUGUCAUCAGGUGGUGGUGGCCAAUAUCCUUGAUUCUCACAGGUCCUAUGUGAUUAUUGUAACCAAAGACUCAGAAACACAGUUGUCUCUUUCUGACGAAGAAGUGGGAAAAGGUAUGGAAAUAGAAAGAAAGAUUGUGAGUAACCUACAGUCUCGACACAUGGCUUUUAUAGAUGAGAAAAACUGAGGCAGAGUUUGUCUACCAAAUCCGAAGCUUGAAUGAGAGGGUGGUACAGGGAAAUGGAAAUCAUCUUUUGCCUUCCCUAAAGAAAAAGAAAAUCUGUAGAAAGAUGAAAAGAAUGUUGGAAUAGAAAGGGAAUAUUUAAUUUCAAAACAAUUUGGUUUUUGUCUUUUAAUGGUAUUUGAUCCUCAUUAAAAAUGAAAACGAAGGGAGACCAGUUCUGGUCUUAUAUAGCUAAACUUACCACUUUCAAGUGGAAGAAGGAAUAAAGGGGAUAUAGUUCUCAUUUUCUAUAUAAAAUAAUUUAAUGCAGGCUAAAUAAUAAUCUCAGCAAAAUUCAAAGGAUAGAAGGAAUAAAAGCCCAAAUAAAACCGUGAACUCCAAACUUUUUAUAUUUUGAUUAACACAUGUCUAUGUACAUAAACUUUAACAAAGUAAAUUUUUUUGUUUUGUGUUCUCUUUUAAUGUCUUCCAUCUCUGUAUUUAAAAGUUUUGUUGCUUUUAUAAUAUAAUCAUAAUAGUGAUAUUUAUUGUAUUAAAGUGAGAUGAAAUACCACCCUGUACCCAUCAAAAAUUGGCAAAAAAUGGUUUAAAAUUGUAAAACUAUUGGCACAACUGUGGGAAAACAAGCGUGGCAUUAAAUUGUUGAUAGAGCUGUUUGCUCUUUCCAUAUUUUUUUGUAUUCUCUAUUUGAUGCUCUCUCUAGGAAAACGAUAGUCUCUUACCAUGAUUAUUCUGCCAUUUUCCGUUUGGAUAAAGAGGAGGUUUUCAGUUAAAGUACAGUUAUCCCUUCCACAUCAAGAUUUUCCCCAUUGAGGUUUUGAUAUAUUGGGGGUUGGCAUAAGAAAUGAAAUGGGGAAUUUUGGGGGAGUUUUGCAGAAGCCAACAGACGACAACAGAGCCUAUGAUCAAAUACUUAACCCAAAUUUUACAAUAAGAUACUAUAAACACCCCAUAAAAGAAAAAGAAAAUAUUCAGACUACUUCUCUGCUAUGAAGGGAGGGCCAAAAAUUUUACAUGGAUUUUUCAGCUCAUGGGGGUGCUGUGCCCUUCUUCCCCUUUCCCUCCCCCCGAUGUGGAAGGGAUAACUAUAGUUAUGAAUGCUUUAAACACAAACCAUAAUUUUUUUUUCCUUUUAACAAUGUCCUUAGAAUAUAGUUCUUGAAAUGAAAUCACUUGAUCAAGGGGUGUGAUCCCUUUUGAGUCACGUUGUGUAUAUUUUUAAUAUAGUAUUUUAUUUUUUCCAAUUACAUGUAAAGACCAUUUUAACACUAAAUUUUCCAAAAAUUUGAGUUCUAAAUUUCUCCCUCUUUCCGUCACCUCCUCUCUCCCUACAGUGAUAAGUAAUUUGAUAGAAGUUAUAUAUGGAGUCACACUGCAUAUUGUUCUUGCAAUAUUAAAACAAGAUUGUACCAGUUCACCGUUCUGCCAACAUUAUCAUAGUGUGUCUCUUUCUCAGCAGCCCUACAAACCUUGAAUCUGAUAAUUUUUAAUGAUUUUUGCUAAUGUGAUGGGUAUAUGGUGGUAUCCCUUCACACCUCUAUUUUCAAAAAUGUUUAACUGGGAAUUGGACCCUCUAAAAACACACUUUAGUGUAUCCAACUUACAAACAAGGAAGCAUUUGAUUCAUGAGUGGUCACAGUUUUGUCAGUGUGUGCACAAAAGACAACCCAGUUGUAAGUGUGGCAUUUGGCAAAGCUUGUUUAAUAGAGCUAUGAUGUGAGGAUUCCCUAAUUAUUGGGCCCUUUUAUUUAUUUUUAUUUAUUUAUUUUAAGGCAAUUGGGGUUAAGUGUGGACCCUUUUAUUUUAAAAGUAGCUUUUUCCCUGCCUGAAUCCAUCGAUGAGCCCAAUGUCUCCAACACUGUUGAUGCUUUGCAUUCCAUGUGUCUUGUGCCUCUGGGCUGUCUUGCACAGAAACUGUUAGCCAGCCAGGUAGGUAAAGGUCAUCUGCCUUGGGCUCCUCAUCAGACAGCUGUGACAUCAGUGCCCUUGGUGGAAUUAUACUUUAAGGAUCCUUUAGCUUCAGCCACUACGUGCUGGAGUGGCCAGCGAUGAGGGGAGGGCCUGUUAAAAUCAUGAGGCUUUGGCCUGGGCCCUAGCUGGGCCUGGGGUUUAGGUUCAUCGGACUUCAGAAUUAAAGGGUUUGUUAUGUCAUCUAGCUCACAGUAGUAGUCCAAAGUGCAAGGCUCUCGGAAACCUGAAGCAAUUGCCUUGGUUUAUAAAUUAGGGAAACGAGGCUUCCAUGAGAGAGCUAUUAUAUGUGUAUUUUUUUCUAUUUUUUUCUUAUUCCUUAGUUAAAUUAUAAUUGCAAAGCAAGACAAUCAAUUCUUAACAGUGGUUAUACAUUUAGCUGAUGACUUCAGUGUUCAUGGGCUCUGAUAAUCUCUCCAUCCCUUCCCACCUGACCCUCUAUUAAAAAGUUGGGAAUGACUGAG